CAGUUCUGCAGAGCACGCCGGGGGACUCAAAUCAUUAAAAGCAUUUUUACGUCUCGGAAUCCAAUCGUUGGCUUAUCUUUUAGCCGCUCGCUGUCAUCUUAGGACUCACUCCCAUCGUCGGCCAUGGGAUUCGUGCCUCGACCGCCUCCAGCUUCUCAUGCUGCGACCCUCUCAUCAUUGACCAAUGAACCCCUCGAUGAGCCAACAUCGAUUUCUCGGAUAACCUUCGCCCAAGACCAAGAGCAGCGAGAUGACGAAGACCUGGAAGACACAGGCCCCCGGCCAGACUGUAUCAGAUCAUCGGCGAGCAGUUCGUACAGCCUAGACAAAGCACUAUCUGAGCCACCGUACCACGUAUUCACUCUUGCAAAGAAGAAGCAGCUAGUCUACAUCGUUUCCCUUGCUGGCCUAUUCUCUCCACUCUCGAGCAACAUAUACUUCCCUGCCCUCGGCCAGAUCGCUACGGAUCUCAAAACCAGCAUAUCACUCAUCAGUCUUACUAUCACGGUUUAUAUGGUAGUCCAAGGGCUUGCUCCAUCAUUUUGGGGCCCUUUAUCAGACACUCAAGGGAGGCGCAUCACGUUCAUCGGUACGUUCGCUGUGUACCUCCUCGCAAACAUUGGGCUAGGAUUCAGCAAUAGCUUUGCAGCAUUGAUGGUCUUUCGAGGCAUCCAAGCAGCUGGGAGUGCUGCCACAAUCUCUGUUGGUGCUGGGGUGAUUGGAGACAUCACAACUGCUCGGGAGCGUGGAGGCCUUAUCGGUGUCUUUGGUGGUAGUGACCUCGGCUCUAUCACCCUUCUGUUAAUCCUUUCCCUUCUCCCCGAAACCCUGCGGUCCGUCGCCGGGAAUGGCACCUUGCGCCUAGCCGGCAUCCAUCGACCGCUCAUCUACACGUUCUCCCCACCAUCCGAUGCUUUAAUAGACCGUGAUUCCACUCCUAAAAAGAAGCUCACUCUUUCGUGCAUCGUCGCACCAUUGAAAUCCCUCUUCGAAAAAGACGUCUUUAUCACCCCGUUCUUCGGCAGCAUCGUCUAUACUGUAUGGAGCAUGGUAACAUCCAGUACAACUUCCCUCUUCCAAUCUCGCUUCCAUCUCAACGACCUCCAAAUCGGUCUGGCCUUCUUACCCAACGGCGCUGGCUGCGUCACUGGCUCCUACUUGACGGGGUAUCUCAUGGAUAACGAUUACCGAGUCAUCGAAUUGCAGUACCGCACGUCUAGAGGUAUCCCGGAAGACACGAAGUUAAACAAGAAAGACCUGGUCGAUUUCCCGAUCGAAAAAUCUAGGUUGAGGAAUAUCUGGUGGAUCGUCUUGAUCUUUAUCCUAGCAACUGCGGGAUAUGGCUUCUCACUCAACCUGAAUCUCAUCGCUCUUCCUUUGAUCCUCCAAUUCUUCAUUGCUUACACAGCCACAGCUGUCUUCUCGCUCAAUAGUGCACUAGUUAUUGACUUGUAUCCUGGAGCGUCGGCUUCUGCGACUGCGGUUAAUAAUUUGAUGCGCUGUACUGUGGGUGCGGCUGGUGUUGCUGUUGUGCAGAUUGUUAUUAACGGGGUUGGCGCUGGGUUUGCUUUUUUGGGGUUCGCGGUGGUGACGGCGGGGGCAAGUCCGUUGCUGGCUUUGGAGUGGUUUUAUGGAGAGGGGUGGAGAUGGGAGAGGAGGGAAAGGUUGAAAGCUGGGGGAGAGAAGAGGAUUGAUAAUGUAGAGAACGCGGAGGUGGCGUCUGGAAAGUAGCUGGAAUUUGGACGUAGUAUGCUUACUCCACCGCUGCAAAUAUUCGCUGUAGUGUGAAUAGCGGUUGUCCCUUUGUCGUAUACCUGAAUUCAAGCAGGUAUAGAGGUUUUCAGCGGGUUUUGCACAUCUCGU